UGCAAGCUGGGAGGGGUUUUGGCGCAGUGGCGCACCCCAAUCUGGUAAUGCAUAUCGAGGUGCGUCGGUACGUCCUGGAGGGGUGAGGGAGAAGACCAGCCUCAUGGACACUCUCGAUGUAUAAAGGCGCGAUGGCCGCUGUCUCACCUCGAUGCUGAACUUUGAACCUCAUUAAACAAGCAACAUUUCACUGUUACUUACAUCGACCGUAUACAUAUUCAGCACUCGAUUGAGACAAGCUGUUCAAGGUAUGUGGGCCCAUAUCUAUCCCAAUCACAUGGUGUAUCUUUACCAAGGCUGUAUCUAAUGUAGCAGCGCAGUGCAAGUUCGGCUUGAAUACCAAAAAGCACAAUCAUCGACCUUCAAAAUGUCCAAGAAGCUCAUCACUGUGUUCGGUGCCACCGGUGCCCAGGGUGGCAGCGUCGUUUCCAUUUUCCUUAGCGACCCCAAGCUCAGCAAGGACUGGCAAGUCCGCGGCGUCACUCGUGAUGCCAGCAAGGACUCGUCCAAGGCUCUAGCAGCCAAGGGCGUCGAGAUUGUCGCUGCCGAUCUCGGUGACAAGUCUUCGCUCGCCGCGGCAGUAAAGGGCGCCUCAGCCGUAUUCGCCGUGACCAACUACUGGGACAAGCUUGAUAAGGAGCUCGAGGUCCAACAGGGUAAGAACAUUGCCGACGCUGCUCUGGAGGCUGGCGUCGACCACUUCAUCUUUAGCUCGCUUCUCGACAUCACCAAGUUGUCUAACGGCGUUCUCCCCGACGUCUAUCACUUUGACAGCAAGGCCGCCGUCGAGGAGUACAUCCGCACAACCUCCCUCCCAUCAACCUUCUUCCUUCCCGGUUUCUACAUGUCCAACCUCCCCGGCGGCAUGCUCCGCCAGACGCCUCCGGACAACGCCUGGGCCCUCACCCUCCCUAUCCCGGCCAGCUCGCCGAUUCCGUUCUUCGACGCAGCCGCUGACACGGGCAAGUUCGUUAAGGGUAUCGUACUGAACCGCGAAAAGGUGCUCGGCAAGCGGGUUCUGGCGGCAACAGCGUACACGACGGCUGGCGAGGCUGUUGACGUAUUCAAGAAGGUGUACCCAGAGGUGGGCAAGACGGCGCGGUACAACGAGGCCUCGCACGAUGCCUUCCGUGGCGCGCUCAAGAGCCAGGGCAUGCCCGACUUUGUUGCGGAGGAGAUGCUGCAGAACAUGAGGCUGCUCAAUGAGUUUGGGUACUACGGCGGCGAGAAAUUGGACGAGUCGCAUGCGAUUGUGGAGGACAAGCUGACGACUUUGGAGGAGCAUAUGAAGAACUCCAAGGUCUUCGCCGGGCUACAGUGAGUUACUUGGGCGGGUGGCUAGUUUCUGAGGGCAGUGGCUGAUAAAAUGCGUCGAGCUUGAAGAACUGAUGUUCCAUUGCUCGUUGAACUCUUGAAGCCCAUUGUUGAUUCAAUACCUAAGCCGCUGACUCGCGAACCUGAGCUUCUGUGAUCCCUGAAGUCAUUGAAAUUGCCGCAGGCCUGCAGCUUGACAGCCACGACACGUUGGCAAAUGCGAAAAUGCGAUUGAGAUAAACGUAGGAGGAGGCCAGAAAUGUCACUUAUAGUUGACAACGAGGGUGUUUCCACGCCAGAAUAUAAUAAAAGGCAAUCUCCCACGGUUGUAAGCCGGUGCGUAAAGAUACCGAGGCCCAAAAAAUGGCAGUGCAGUGGUGGGCCAGGAGAAAACGAACCGAGGCAAAGCAAUUCUAGAGGGGACCCGCCUCGACCCCGACCGCAUGUUUUCUUUAGUGUACGUAAGUUCUACCACACAAACGCUAAGCACGAGCCCCC